CAUCAGACUGCAGAUGAUUGGUGUUGCCGUGGUGACUUCCAUUGCUAUUAUUGCUGUCAUCGAGCAUGGACUGAAAAGGGGGAAUCCUGGUUCCUUCCUCUUGGCCACAGCAUGGUAUGAUAGUGUUUAAGAAUGUGGUCCUUAUAUAUCGGGAGGGGCUUCCUAAUGCACUCGAUGGAAUUAGUCUGAAGAUUAAUGCGGGUGAGAAAGUGGGAAUUGUUGGACGGACAGGCUCAGGAAAAUCGACUUUGUUUCUCGCGCUCUUCCGGAUGGUGGAGUUGAAUGAGGGUCAGAUUCUCAUUGACAACAUUGAUAUAAAAACGGCCAGCUUGCUGGACAUUCGAUCGAAACUGGCUGUCAUUCCUCAGGAUCCGUUCCUGUUCAGCGGAACAGUGCGGGAGAAUCUGGAUCCUCUGAGCCACCACCCGGACAGGGAGCUGCAGUCUGUUUUAAAGGAGUGUCACCUCCUGGAUGUCAUUCAGAGAAUGGGUGGAUUGGAUGCUGAACUCGGGGACAGGGGUAAGAAUUUAUCCAUUGGACAGAGACAACUGAUCUGCCUUGCGAGAGCACUUCUCACUAAGGCCAAGAUUCUGUGUAUUGAUGAAGCGACAGCCAGUGUGGACCAGAAAACAGAUCGACUGUUGCAGAAGACUAUACGAGAACAAUUUGCAGACAAAACUGUUUUGACAAUUGCCCAUAGGUUGAACACAAUAAUGGAUUCAAACCGUGUACUGGUGUUGGAUGCUGGCAAGGUGAAGGAGUUUGACUCCCCAGCCGUUCUAUCUCAGAACCACGAUUCCUUCUUCUACAAUAUCUUACAUGCUCCAAGAUAGUCGAGGGAAGAUGGCAGACCCAAGCAGAUAUCUUGCCAGUGAACUGAAGCUCUGGGCAGUUUGCGUAUGCUGAACACUUAACUGUACAGAACAGAGAGUUUGGGAUCCAGAAAGCUCUCGGUACCUUACAUAUUUGGAACGGAACAAGGAAAUUGAAAUGUCACAAUUUCAGGAUAGUUAAUGUUAAGAACCGUGGGAUUCUCGGUUAGUUGGCUUGGUUAGGGUAGAUCUGUGUUUCUUACCUCAUGUCUAUAAUUCUGCAUCCUGUACUAAGUGUAAUGAGCGCAAUUCUAGCCUCUUCAACACCAAUCGUCCUGCUUCAUUCACUCAACCACUGUCUCACACUCUGAUACCUACAGUUUAAUAUUCGCCCUCAGUCCCUGUCCUAUUCCCCAAUGUUCUGUACAGUUUAAUAUUUCCUCUUGGCCCCUGCCCCAUUCCCCACUGUUCUGUACGGUUUAAUAUUCCUUCUCAGUCCCUGUCCCAUUCCCAUUCCCCACUGUUCUGUAC